AUGCAAGCUGUACGCCAUCAUCCUCCCGGCGGUCCCGAGAAGCUGAAGAUCGUCUGGGAAGAUAUACCAGAAGUCCGGGAUGACGAAAUCCUCAUCAAAAUACACGCCUGCAGCGUCAUUUGGAUGGAGCUCUACUGGGACAUCCACAAGAGAGAUGACGGCACAUACAGGACCCCUAUUCUCGGAGAGGAUUACUCCGGUACUGUGGUGAAGGUAGGGUCGAAGGUUCCGCAGCACGACAGAGGUCUGCAUUUCGGCACCGAGGUUAUUUGCUUUAUCAGCAAGGCAUUUCCCACCAGCAGGAGCACCGAUGGCGGCAUGGCCGGCUAUGCGAAAGUCCACUUUACCCAUGCGAUUCCCAAGCCUCGAAGCCUGAGCCUCACCGAGGCUGCGUCCAUUCCGCUCUCGGCUCUUACCGCGUGGCAGGGCUUAUUCGAUCAUGCGAAGAUUACCGCUGGGCAGACUGUCCUGAUUCCGGGCGCGGCUGGUCCUACAGCGAUCUGGGCUGUGCAGAUGGCCAAGAUGGUUGGGGCUCGAGUCAUUGGCACAGCGUCGUCCAAAGAGAGUUUCGAACUGCUCGAAUCGUUCGGGGUGGACCGGAUCCUGAACUAUAAGGAGGUCGAGCUGGACUCUAUUGACGAGAUUGUGGAUGUGGUGUUCGACACAGUGGGAGGCGAUACAGCGAGGAAGGCCCGAAAACUAAUCAAGAACGACGGCCUGCACCUUUACCUCGUGAGCCAGACCGGUCUCGAGAUGAACAAGGAGCCCGGCCCGAAGGUGGACUACUUCAUUGUGGAUAUGAAUGCGGAUCAGUUGGCGAAGAUCGGGGACUUGAUCGAUCAGGGCAAACUGAGGCCGGUUGUCGACUCCGUCUUUGACUUCAAGGAUGUAGCAAAGGCGUUCCAGAAGGGCGAGGGGGGCCACGCGCAUGGGAAGAUCUUGCUAAAGGGGCCACAUGCAUGA